UUAACUGAGAAUUUUCUUCAAUCAUUAGUAAUGGUUUUACUCAACCUCCGGCAAAGUUAUCGCGAAGCGUUGUCGCUUGUUUUGUGUGAUAGGUUGGUAAUGUGUACUUGUCUGCUUGCGCGCUAGCUCCGAAGUUCUCGGUGUUUUGUUAUGGGCUAUGACUGUAUCCAUCAAGUUUCAAUGGUGUACAUAACCUUCGUAACUUUGGGAGAUUCUCAUACAGGAGAACUUCACAAUACGGCGUAGAAUUUUAACUGUCAUGCCAAGCUGAUAUAAAAGUUUAACUCAUCUCACUCCGUCAAAAUGAUUGCCCUUCUCAAAUCCGCCCGAAGCUCAUUUAUAUCACACCAGAUUCUCAUCAGCUGUAAUCGCUCACACAUAACCACAACAGUAAGACAAUUCUAUGGAUUAAACCAUUUGAGACCUGGUAUUCAGCGAGUGGACAUCAGAAAUAUCUUAAGCACCCAGGCCUAUGUCCUGCGUAAAAAUGUUAACCUUGGACUGUCAAAAAUGUACUAUUCUAAAGGUGUACAAACCAAUGUGGCAUCAAGUGGGUCAAAAUUGAAACAAAUUGAUAGACAGUACUUAAAGCGAUUAAUAUCCUUAGCAAAACCUGAAAGGUGGAAACUAGCAGGUGGUAUUUUAUUCUUAUUGGUUUCUAGUGCAGUCACCAUGUCUGUUCCCUUUGCAAUUGGAAAGCUUAUUGACAUGAUAAAUGAACAGUUAAAGAGUUCAUCUGAAAUGGAUAAAGAAAAAUUGCAAAAACAGCUAAGUCAAUUUUGUGGUGUGCUGUUACUAGUUUUUGCUUUAGGAGGGGCAUGCAAUGCAGGGAGAGUAUUUCUGAUGAAUACUGCAGGUCAGAGAAUAUCAAAGUCAAUUAGAGAGAAAGUAUAUCAGUCUAUGAUAAGACAAGAAACCGCAUUUUUUGACCGUCACAAAACUGGUGAGCUGUUAAGUAGACUGUCAUCAGAUACAUUGACUGUCAGUGAACUACUGUCUGUAAAAUUCUCUGAUGGUGUAAGGAGUAUAAUAAGUGUAUCUGCUGGAUUAACCAUGAUGUUCUACACUUCAACCAAGCUGUCUUUCCUAACAUUGGUCGGUGUGGUACCGCCGAUUGCUUUUCUUCUAGUUGUAGUGGGGAAGUACAUUCGGAUCCUAUCUAAGCAAGUCCAGGGCUCAUUAGCUGCUGCAAAUCAAGUAGCAGAGGAGCGGUUUUCUAAUAUCCGUGUUGUGAAAACAUUUGGACAUGAAAAAUAUGAGUGCAAUUUAUACUCCAAGAAGCUGGAGGAUCUAUUGCAACUGGUAUACAAAGAGGCAAAAGUGCGGGCAUUAUUUUUUGGCUUGACUGGAUUUAGUGGAAAUGUAGUGCUUGUGAGUGCCCUGUAUGUUGGAGCACCAAUGUUAGGUGACUCCACAGUAACAGUUGGACAACUCAGUUCUUUUCUAAUCUAUGCAGGGUAUGUGAGCCUGUCUGCAAGUGGUAUUGCCAACCUGUGGAGUGAUGUGAACAAGGGACUUGGAGCUAGUGCACACUUGUGGGAUAUUUUAGACCGUAAAUCUGACUACACAUACAAUGCAGGUGGAAUAAUUCCUGAAAGUAAGCCACGAGGUCAAGUUGAAUUUGAAAAUGUCACAUUUGCCUAUCCAUCCAGAUCUGAUGUGACUGUACUGAAUGGCUUGAAUCUUAGUAUUCCUGCUGGGGCAAUGACAGCAGUUGUUGGUGGUAGUGGAUCAGGGAAGUCUACUAUUGCAUCACUUCUCCUGCGAUUUUACUACCCGCACAGUGGACAGAUUUUAUUUGAUGGUCAAAGUGUGAAAGAACUUGAUUGGACUUGGUUGCGGAAAAAUGUUGCAUUGGUCAGCCAAGAACCAGUUCUCUUUUCAGGCUCAAUCCGUGACAAUAUAGCUUAUGGGUCAGUAGUAUGUGAUGAACCAAGUGAUGCAAGUACUGACAUAUUCUCCAGAAUUCCAGAAGAAGAAAUUUGGAAAGCAGCUAAAAUUGCAAAUGCUGAUAAAUUUAUAAGUAUGUUGCCAAAUGGCUUAGAUACAAUUGUUGGUGAGAGAGGUAUAACAUUAUCAGGAGGCCAGAGGCAAAGAAUAGCAAUUGCUCGUGCACUAAUGAGAGAUCCCAAAGUCCUACUCCUAGAUGAGGCUACGAGUGCAUUGGAUGCUGAAAGUGAACAUUUGGUUCAAGAUGCCCUUGAAAAAAUAAUGCUUGGUCGUACAGUGUUAGUUAUCGCACAUCGCUUGUCUACCGUUCGCAAUGCAGACCAAAUAGCAGUUCUAGAAAAUGGAGGCAUUGCAGAACUGGGGUCAUAUGAUGAGCUAAUGGCUAAGGAAAAUGGUGCCUUCAAAACAUUAGUUCGUUUGCAAACCUUUCAAACAUCUUAAUUAAGUUUUAGUUGAAGCAUUUGAUUGAAUGAAUUUUUGGUAUAAGUUGUUUUGACUGAACAUUUACUAAUGUUAGAGGUUUGGUACAGGUGAUGGUAUUUCUUUGCAAUUCAUCCAUGUCCUAAAUAAGUACUCAAAGAAUUCAAAUGUAAUUUUAAAACAUGCAUGCAUUGCAUGACUUCAAAACCUAUAUAGACUGAUUCUUUUAAAUUUUUUUUUUUUUUUGAAAAAGUAUUUAUUGAUUUAGGUGGGAGAAAAUUUAAAUUGUUUCAUAUUUUUGUUGAGGUUUUUACCUGUUUAUUUUAUUUUAUUGUAAAUGUAUAUUUUUCACAAGCAGUGCCCUGUGAACAAAACAUUAAUUUCUCGGACAAGUGCAAUACCAUAAGGAGAGAUUUUGAGGUAUCAUGGCUGUUAAUAAAGUUGUCAAAAGCGUGAA